AUGGAAGCACUGGGAGGAUCAGUUCUCGCUGCUCUCUUCCAAGUCCUGUUCGACAGAAUGGCUUCGAGUGAAGUUGUGGACUCCGUCCAGGGGAGAAGGCUCACAAUCGCACUGUUGAAGAAGCUUAACUCCUUGAUGAACUCUGUCAAUGCUGUUCUCGAUGAUGCAGAGGAGAAGCAGGUCUCGAAGCCGGCUGUAAAGAUGUGGCUCGACGAGCUUAAAGAUGCUGUCUUUGAAGCCGACGACCUGUUCGAUGAAAUUUCCUACAGAGCUUUGAGAGCCAGAUUGGAGUCCCCAAGUCAGAACAGCAUACGUCAAGCGACCCAUCUCUUCUCCUCUCUGAAUCCAUUGAAAAGAGGGAUGAAAUGGAAACUGGAGGACGUCCUGCGGAGAAUCGAGUAUUUAGUGAAACAGAAGGAUGCCCUGGGGUUGAGGCAUGGAAUCGGAGAGAACCCUUCGUUGCAGAGGCUUCCCAGCACUUCCCUGGUCGAUGAAUCUGGUGUUUAUGGUAGGGAUGGUGAUAAGAGAGCCAUAAUGGGUAUGCUAUUAUCGGAUUAUGGAAGCCACAAUGCGGUGGGUGUGAUUCCAAUUGUUGGCAUGGGUGGGGUUGGCAAAACAACUCUUGCUCAGAUUGUUUACAAUGAUAAUGUGGUUCGGGAGAGGUUUGAUCUCAUGGCGUGGGUUUGUGUAUCCAAGGAAGCCGAUGUCUCGGAGGUGACAAAAGAUAUUCUGGAGGAGGUGACUGGGAGGAAAUGCUUCUCCACAACUCUGAAUCAACUUCAGGUGAUGCUCAAGGAGAAGUUGAAUGGGAAGAAGUUUUUGCUCGUCUUGGACGAUGUUUGGAAUGACAAGUAUGCUCAUUGGGAUAUUUUGCUGAGACCUUUGAAGUCUGGCACAGAAGGGAGUAAGGUUGUGGUCACAACCCGGCAUGAAACUGUUGCAUCUGUAAUGGGGACUGUCGUGGCUUAUCAUCUGAGGGAGUUGAGCGAUGAUGAUUGCUGGUGUUUGUUCUUGAAACAUGUUUUCGAGGAAGGUAAAUCUGGGAGGCAUAUUGAGUUGGAGCUCAUUGGUAGGGAAAUGGUAAGGAAGUGCAGAGGCUUGCCUUUGGCUGCCAAGACACUAGCCGGUCUCCUCCGGGCCAAAACGGAUGUUGCGGAAUGGGAGAGGGUACUGAAGAGUGACAUGUGGGAUCUGUCAAACGAGGACAUUCUACCAGCUCUAAGAUUGAGCUACCAUUAUCUGCCUUCACAUCUAAAGCAGUGUUUUGCUUAUUGUGCGCUAUUCCCCAAGGAUUAUGUGUUCGAGAAGGAAGAACUGGUUCUUCUGUGGAUGGCAGAGGAUUUUUUGGUCUUGGGGAAAGAAUGUAAGACAAUGGAAGAAGUGGGUGGCGAGUAUUUUCAUGAUCUUGUGGCUAGAUCAUUCUUCCAGAGAUCAAGUGUCUAUCCAUCAUGCUUCAUUAUGCAUGAUCUAGUAAAUGACUUGGCUAAAUUUGUUGCCGGAGAAUUUUGGUUUAGGUUGGAAGGAGAUGAUUCCCGAGAGAUUGGUAAGAGGACUCGUCAUCUGUCAUACACAAGUGUAGAGCAUGAUGUCUCCAAGAAGCUUGAAAGCUUCCAGGGUGCCCAACUGUUGCGAACUUUCUUACUUGUUGAGUGGUCGCAGCUUGACGAAGAUGUAAUGCGUGGUUUAUUGCAAAAAUUUAGUCGCCUAAGGGUGCUUUCUCUCUGUUGCUAUCGUGGAUUGUCGGAGCUGCCCAAGUCGUUAAGCAAGUUGAAGCAUUUGAGAUAUAUGAAUCUGUCAGGAUCAUCAAUUAGAAGGCUACCUGCAACUAUUUGUAAAUUAUAUAAUUUGCAGACGUUGAUAUUGUUUGAGUGCAAAGAACUUGUCGUACUUCCAACAAACAUGGGAAGAUUAAUCAAUCUUCUUCAUCUUGAUAUCAGAGGAACAAACUUGAAGAACAUGCCGCCUCAAAUUGGUCAGCUCCGGAAGCUCCUAAGAUUGAGUGAUUUUGUUGUGGGAAUACAAGGUGAUUGUAGCAUCAAAGAGUUGGGAGAACUUCAGCAUCUACAGGAGCAGCUUCGUAUAUGCAGUCUGCAAAAUGUUACUAUUCCAAGAGAUGCUCUCCAGGCCAAUUUGAAGGGCAAGAAAAAUAUUAAGAAGCUGAAGUUGGAAUGGGACAAUGGCGAUGGUGAUUUUAUGUCCCAUAUGGAGGUGCUUGAGCAAUUACAACCCCAUAGGAACAUCGAAUCUCUUUCUAUUGAUGGUUAUGGAGGUUCAAGAUUUCCCGCCUGGGUGGGAGACUUUUAUUAUUCUAAUAUGGUAUCCUUGAAGCUAACUGGAUGUUGGCAGUGCUCAUCAUUGCCGCCACUUGGGCAGUUGGUAUCUCUAGAAGACCUCUGGAUAACAGGAUUCGACCAACUAGUGGUUGUCGGUCCAGAUGUUUAUGGAAAUUGCUUGACCAAGAAGCCACCAUUUGCAUCACUGAAAUCUUUGACAUUCGAACUGAUGCCUAAGUGGCAGGAAUGGAAUGAUGAAUGUGGAGCUGCUUUCCCCCUUCUUCAGGAACUAUACAUACGGGAAUGUCCAGCAUUGACAGGGGCCCUACCGGGUCAUCUACCUUCAUUAACAACACUCAAGAUUGAAGGAUGUCCCCAGCUAGUGGCGUCAUUGCCAAGGUCCCCAGAUAUCCUUAGACUUCAUCUUAAAGACAAUAAUCGACUGAUGAGGUUUGUGAAACCAUGUUCUUUUGGGCUGUACCAUCUCAUCAUUGAAGGGUUUAAUUGCAUAGACUCCUUGCUACAAGACAUGGAGCAAAUGUGUGGCCUUACUUCCAGUUUACAGGAGAUUGAGAUCAAGAACUGCUGUGAAGUCAAGAUUUUUCCAGUAGAGAUGUUCCCUGAAUUGAAGACUCUUCGAUUCAGCAGCUGUCCAAGGCUGCAGCGCCUUUUUCCUCCAGAAGCAAACAAUGAUUACUUGAAAAAUCUCAGUUCCCUGGAGAUCAUGGACUGCCCUGGUUUAGGGUCUUUCUUGAAUAGAAGAUUACCCGCCCCAAACCUCUCACGAUUUAUGUUGCUUGGAUGUUCAAACCUUGCAUCCUUUCCUGGGGAAAAGCUGCUUCCUUCAACUCUUACAUCACUUAAAAUUGGUGACUUCCAGAAUCUAACAUCUCUGGACUUUACGGGGCUUCGACACCUUACAGGCCUUAGGGAACUGGAGAUAUGCAACUGUCCUAAGCUCCGCUCAUUACCGGACGAAGGCCUUCCAUUCUCCCUCUCUUCACUGUCUGUGUUCCUGUGUCCUUUGUUGGAGCACAGGUGCCAGCCCUAUACUGGAGAAGAUUGGCCUAAAAUUUGUCACAUCCCACAUAUCGAGAUCAGUUUCUUCCAGAUCAGCUGCCAAAGCUGA